AUGUAUUCUCGAGAAUAUAAUCAAAAUCAUCAAUAUCAACCACCAAAUCAAUCAACAAACAAUUAUCAAAGUGAUGAAAAUAUAAAUGAUUUUCAAUUUAAUAAUAGUUAUUCACAAUCUAAAACAAAAUCACAAUCUUCAAUUCCAUUACUAAAUUUAUCUGAAAAUUCUUCAAGAUCUUUACCUUCUUUACCAGUAUAUACUUCAAAUCAACAAGAUUCUAAUCAAUAUGAAUAUUAUCCUCAUAAUAAUGACACUAAACAAGAAUUUAUCAAAAAUCAUUAUGAAAUGAACAAUUUAAAUCGAGUUUUACCUUCAUUACCACCACAACAACAAGAUGAAAAUUAUCGAAAUCCUUUCAUUGAUGAACCAAUAAAUUCUUCAUCACCAUCUCAACCCACAAAUCCAUUUAAAGAUAAUGAAUUAGAAAAAAGAUUAAGAAAAAAUGAAAAAAAUAGAUUACAUACUUUAAAAAGUAAACCAAGAUUUCAUUUUACAAAAUUACCUUAUUUUACAAUAAUUGUUACUUUAAUACAAAUUAUAAUAUUUAUUAUUGAAUUAGUUAAAAUGUCAAUUUUAACAGGUUCAGCUUUUCAAACUCAACCAUAUUUUAAUCCAAUGUUAGGACCUUCUAAUUUUUUAUUAAUAAAUAUGGGUUCAAGAUAUGUUGCAUGUAUGAGACAAAUAAAAGGUUUAACUGAUGAUACAAGUAUAUUAUUUCCUUGUGCAAAUUCAACUUCUAUAGAUACUUAUCAAUGUUCAUUAAAUGAAUUAUGUGGAUUGUCUGGUAUGUCUACAUUUGAUAAUAAUACAAAAUAUAAUCCAAAUCAAUGGUAUAGAAUUUUUAUACCAAUUUUUUUACAUGCUGGUUUUUUACAUAUAAUUUUUAAUUUAUUAUUACAAUUAACAAUGGGAGCUUCAAUUGAACGAAAUAUUGGAAUUUUAAAAUAUUCAAUUAUAUAUAUAUUAAGUGGUAUUUCUGGUUUUUUAUUAGGUGCAAAUUUUACACCUGCUGGUAUUGCAUCAACUGGUGCAUCAGGUUCAUUAUUUGGUAUAGUUGCAACUAAUAUAUUAUUAUUUAUUUAUACUGGUAGAAAAAAUGCAAAUAUGUAUGGUACAAAACAUUAUAGUUUAUUUAUAUUUUUUAUGAUUAUUGAAAUAGUUGUUUCGUUGGUGUUGGGAUUAUUACCUGGAUUAGAUAAUUUUAGUCAUAUAGGUGGAUUUGCAAUGGGAAUAUUAAGUGGUAUUUUGUUGUUGAAAGAUCCAUUUUGGGUUUAUCAAGAUGGAAUAAUAACUUAUAAAAGAAAUCAAACUACUUGGCAAUUAUUUUUAAAUAAUUGGAAUCCAAUGUAUGCAUAUGAAGAUAAAGUACAAAUAAAAUUUUUCAUUUGGUGUAGUAUUAGAGUAAUUUCAUUAGUAUUAAUGAUUGUUUAUUUUGUUUUAUUAGCUAAAAAUUUUUUCAAUAAUGAAACUGAUCUGAAUAAUAGUUGUGAAUGGUGUAAAUAUUUCAAUUGUAUACCAGUUAAAGGAUGGUGUGAUAUUGGUGAAAUAUCAGUAACUACUUCUGAAAGUACUCCAACUGCUACAGCUACUCCUAGUUCUAUAACAGUUCCUACAGAAAUUUAUUCAACUGCUACUUAUACGACAACUGCUGCUAAUAAUAAUGGUGGUUUCAUUAAAAGAGAACUACCAACACCAGCGAAAACCACAAUCACUGAAUCUGACUUUGGAGUUGGCAUAGGAUUGUACCUUAUUUUAACGAUUUUUAUGAUAUCAUUUAUGAAAAAGAGGAAAAUUAUAUAA